AGAGAGGACGAAAGAGUGAGUGAGAGAGAGAGAGAGAGAGAGAGAGAGAGAUGGCAGCGAUGCAGUGGUGCGGCGCGAUGGCGCGACGGAUUAUGAUGACGCAGCGAACAUCUGCAGCAUUGAACUGUUCGGCGGCGAAGUAUUCAUCUUUAUCACCGGCGUCUGCAGCUCCGGCGGUAUCGGGAAUGGAUUUGUGCGGGAGAGGAGAUAAGAAGACGAAGAAAGGGAAGAGAUUCAAAGGAUCGUACGGGAACUCGAGAGGGAAGAAGCAGAAGAUGAUUGAGAGAAUCAAAGACAAGCUUGAGGUUCCCAGGUCUACUCCUUGGCCUCUCCCUUUCAAACUCAUCUGAAACUUUUCUCUUUUUUUAGGGUUUUUUUUUUUUCUUGUUUGCCAACAAUUAAAAAUGUCGCCUUUAAUGGUGUUGUCUGUAUACUUCUUCUCAUCAUGAAUCAUUUGAGUAUAAAACUCGUCUCUGUUCAUGAUUUGUGUUGUUUUCAACUCAUUUGCGAUUUUAGAGGCUUAGAUGUUUCCCCUUGUGGCUUCAUUUGGGAUCAGAAUCCAAAUUACACUGAAAUUAAUAAGUUUUGAUUUUGCAA